GUACAUAUGGCCCGAUUGCAAGUACUAACAAUUUUAGUUCUCUUGGUAGCACUGAGCUACCAAAGAGUAGACAAUACAAAUAGUGACAGAGUCCGAUUUACUCCAGCAGACCUGGAAGGAUUCUUUGUAAAUUUUGCAAAGGCUGCCAAAAUCAGCCUUGUCUCUAAAUCAACCAUGCCUUGCACAAAGAGCGUCAAGCAAUUUAUUCUUGACGGAGCAGAUGCAAUUGAUGAGUUAUUAAAUGACCAAACUUGGACCGGCACAAUCAGUGUUGCAGAAGUCCUUGGUGGAACUUCUUUUAUUGCCCGGAACUGCACCUACUCAGUAGACGAAUUAUCUGGUCAAUUAUAUAAUUACUUGCAAGCGUUUCCAACUUUCGAAUCUUGGACUAGUAUGGUUAGAGAGAAUGUUGCCAGAAAUAUGGUUAAGCUUUCUUUACUUUCAAUGCAAAUCGUAGAUGAAAUUAAGAUGACAAACCCAGACUUCCCUCUUCUCGGAUCAAUGGUAGGAGAACUAGUAUAUUACACUCUUGAAAGAGAAACCGCUGAACAUGUACUAAGAUACUUAAGACAAGACCCCUUAGCUCCCUCCCCUCUCAACAAAUACUUAUGGGCUACAAUGGAGUCAGCUUUUGAAUUUUUAAAGAACUCAAAGGUCUUAACAGAAGAGAAGUUAAUAAACUGCCAUAAUAAUGUUGCAAACAUGCUAGUUUUCCAAAGCGAUGCAUUCCAUAACUUCGCAGCAUCAGUCCCAGAUGAAGGCAUAUACCUUGCCCUUGACAGCUUUGUAUUUUUGAAAUCUGUACUCUUGGAGUGUUAUGAUGCUGGCCACCAGAUUGGAACAAAUUUUGACAAAGUAUAUAAGAAAAUCGGUGAAAAUCCAGACCUUGUCAGAACUAACUUCGAAAGUGAAUUGUUCUACACUCUCUCUGAUUCUAUCGCCACUUAUUCCCAGAUCUACUACAGAGAUAUUGUAGGAAUGAACAGAAUUUUAGGUGACCUUGUCUACAGAACCCUUGUCAAAGAGCAAGAGGUGGAAAAUUAACCAGAUGGCAACAUCGUAAAAUAAAAUAAUAUUUCCUCAACAGUA